UUUCAACAUGCCUGUGCAAGACAACAUUUGAAGUUUUUUUAGCGUCUUUUGGGGCAUAUAUCGCUUGCUACAGCAGUAGGUAUCUUUGUUGCUGUCUUGUACACCCUGAGCCUGUCAAGUUUGGGCAGAAGUCGGAAGCCUGUGCGGCAUUUUCGCAGUUCUCGUCAAGUUGUUGCCCCACUGAGGAUUCAAAGUCGAAACCAAAAGUUGGCUUGUAAGCCCUUUCCAUAUUUCAGAUCUUGUGAGUGAGGAUCUGCACAGAGAGGUUGCAAAAUGCCUCCACACGCUGUUAACGGCGGUGGGAGGGCAGGAGUGGGCGAGCCAAUUGGUAGAGGGAAGGGAAGCUCCAUCUUUGAAAUGGACACAAUGGCAAGGGAUGACUUGAGAUACAAUGGCAAAAAGCUGACCGAUCCUAUCACAGCUGCCGAGGACAAAUGGAGACUUGUCCCUGCCUUCCUCCAGACAAAGGGUCUGAUCAAGCAGCACGUCGAUUCGUUCAAUUAUUUCAUAGAAACCGAAAUGAAACAGAUCCUGCUGGCGAAUGCCAAGGUGGAUAGUGAUGUAGAUCCCACUUUUUGGCUAAAGUUCCGGGAUAUCCGAGUCAAGUAUCCCCAGGCUUACGAUGCGCGCAAGGGAGUCACAUAUGAAUUGACUCCACAUGAAUGUCGAUUGCGGGAUAUAUCCUAUGCUGGUACAAUUCUAGUCGACAUCGAAUAUGUUCGGGGCAAGCAGUUGGUGAAGAAGAGGGGCAUUGAAGUCGGACGCAUGCCAAUUAUGUUGAGGAGUAAUCGAUGCGUUCUUACUGGCAAAUCGCCCGAGGACAUGGUCAAAAUGGGGGAGUGCCCUUUGGAUCCAGGUGGAUAUUUUGUCAUUCGGGGUGUGGAAAAGGUCAUUCUUAUCCAGGAGCAAUUGUCCAAGAACCGAAUCAUUGUAGAAACAGAUCGGAUGGGCUUUAUCAACGCUGCCGUAACCAGUUCUACGCACGAAAAGAAGAGUAAAACCAACGUAGUCUACGGCAAAACCGGACGAGUGACAAUGAAGCACAACAGUUUCAUAACUGAAGUGCCAGUGGUGGUUGUGAUGAAAGCAAUGGGAAUUGAAUCUGAUCGGGAAAUUGCCGAGUUGAUUUGUGGCGAUGAUGAAAAGUUCCUAGAGUUAUUCUCACCAUCACUGGAGGAGUCUGCAUUAUUGGACCCAUCAGUCCACACACAACGUCAAGCACUGGAUUGGUUGGGACGAAAGGUGAAAGUCACUACAGCAAAAAGUAGAAUUGGAAUGCGUAGAGAUUAUUUCGAGGAGGCGCGAGAUCUUCUCGCGACAACAGUUCUUGCACACGUCCCAGUGGAGGAUGUGAAUGGUCAAUGGAACUUUCGACCGAAGGCUGUGUAUGUUGCUUUGAUGGUUCGUCGAACACUGCAGGCGGUUAAGGACGGCGGUAUUGUGGAUGAUCGGGACUUUGUUGGAAAUAAGCGACUGGAACUUGCAGGCCAGCUGUUAUCCCUUCUUUUUGAAGAUUUAUUCAAAUCAUGGCAAGCAAAUAUCAAGCGUGCCAUUGACACACAACUUAAACGAUCCAACCGAACUUCACAAUACGAUGCCGUCUCUGCAGUCGCUCAAACCUCCCGCUUCAUUACUGAUGGACUUUUCCGUGCCAUUUCAUCCGGAAAUUGGAAUGUCAAACGUUUCAAGAUGGAGCGAGCUGGUGUUACGCAGGUUCUUUCUCGACUGAGUUACGUCUCAGCUCUUGGAAUGAUGACUCGUAUCAGCAGUCAGUUUGAGAAGACACGCAAAGUUUCUGGCCCUCGUGCUCUUCAAACUUCGCAAUUUGGUGUCAUCUGUCCUUCUGAUACCCCCGAAGGUGAAGCUUGUGGUUUGAUCAAGAACCUGGCUCUGAUGACGCACAUCACCACCGAUUCUGACGAUGCGACGAUUAGACGUCUUGCAUUCAUAUUGGGCGUAGAGGAUAUCAACAUACUUACUGGAGGAGACUUGUAUGAGGAAAACACGUAUUUGGUUUUCUUGAACGGUGUUAUCCUUGGUGUUCACCGAAAUCCGGAAAAGUUUGUAAAGGAUUUCCGGCGAUUGCGCCGCGCUGGGAGAGUGGGACCUUUUGUUUCCGUAUAUCGUACCGUGACACAGCGAACUGUGAAUAUCAGUAGCGAUGGUGGUCGUGUCUGUCGACCACUCAUCAUCGUUGAUAAAGGGAAGAGCCUGGUGACAGAUAAGGAUGUAAAAUCUAUCAUUCAAGGUGUAAAGACCUUUGAGGAUUUGAUUGAGGAAGGCAAAGUCGAAUAUCUCGAUGUUAACGAAGAAACGGACACGGAUAUUGCCAUGUACGAUAAAGAUAUCGUGUAUAAUCCGGACCAACUCUUUGGGAAGGUAGUCGACUCUCGAGCGGAUACCGCAUUGGCUUUACCAAACACGACACAUGUGGAAAUCGCACCUUUUACCGUUUUGGGAGCUGUUGCGGGGCUGAUUCCCUACCCUCACCAUAACCAAUCGCCACGUAACACGUACCAAUGCGCUAUGGGUAAACAGGCGAUUGGAGCUAUUUCCUACAACCAACUCACACGCAUCGACACCCUCUUGUAUCUAAUGGUGUAUCCUCAACAGCCGAUGGUGCGGUCACGAACUAUAGAAUUGAUUGGGUAUGAUAAACUGCCUGCUGGACAAAAUGCAACGGUGGCUGUGAUGAGUUACAGUGGAUAUGAUAUUGAGGAUGCUCUAGUGCUGAAUAAGGCCUCUGUCGAUCGAGGAUUCGGUCGAUGCCAAGUGAUGCGAAAGUUUUCAACAAUGAUCAAGUCGUACCCCAAUCAAACUUAUGACCGACUCGCAGAUCGGGGUGAAGAUGAGCAUGGCAACGUUCUUGAGAAAUUCGACAUUUUGGACGACGAUGGUAUCGCCGGCGUAGGGGAACGAGUGUAUACUGGCCAGAUCGUUAUCAAUAAGCAAAGUCCUGUCGAAACCGCUCCACGUGUUGCGCCUGCGACGGAAGGUGGAGAGCAUGGGCAUUUCAUGGGGGCAGAUCCAACCGCGGUCCAGUACAAGUCUGCCCCGACUAGCUUUAAAUACCCAGGUGACGCUGUCAUUGAUCAGGUUCUACUUACAACCAAUGAAGAAGAUCAGACUCUGGUCAAGGUUCGCAUCCGGCAAACACGAAGACCGGAGCUUGGGGAUAAAUUCUCGUCCCGUCACGGACAGAAAGGUGUCUGCGGUAUCAUCGUUCAACAAGAAGACAUGCCAUUUUCAGACAAUGGAGUUGUUCCCGAUAUCAUUAUGAACCCUCACGGUUUCCCAUCACGUAUGACAGUCGGGAAGAUGAUUGAGUUGUUGGCUGGCAAGGCAGGGGUUUUAGCUGGGCAGCUGCAAUAUGGAACGGCUUUCGGCGGGAGUAAAGUCGAUGAUAUGUCUCGAAUUCUGAUUGAGAACGGAUACAGCUAUUCUGGCAAGGAUUAUCUAACAUCGGGUAUCACUGGCGAGCCAUUGCAAGCCUACAUCUUUUUCGGACCAGUGUAUUAUCAGAAGCUGAAGCACAUGGUGAUGGACAAGAUGCACGCUCGUUCAAAGGGUCCUCGUGCGGUUCUUACCCGACAACCGACCGAAGGCAGAUCGCGAGAUGGAGGUCUCCGAGUAGGAGAGAUGGAACGCGAUUGUUUGAUCGGACACGGUACAGCGGCGCUUCUCAUUGAGCGACUCUUGUACAGUUCUGAUGCUUAUGAUUGUGAAAUGUGUGGCGACUGUGGGCUUGUGGGUGGCUGGCAUGGAUAUUGCAACUAUUGCAAGAGUCGCCGUGGGGUUGUCAAGGUGAAGAUACCAUAUGCUUGUAAAUUAUUGUUCCAGGAGUUGAUGAGUAUGAAUGUGGUUCCGAGGGUCAAGGUAAAGGAUUUGGAAUAGUAGUAGUAGUAGUAUAAGCAGUGAAAAACUGCUGGAAGGAACCCACAAUUCAUUAACUCGCCAAGUCUCGUCGCAUCCUAAAAAACAAUCCCCGUAAAUAAAGAACACUUAUGGGUGGCUGUGAAAAUCAUAAUAAACCUCUUCUUGAAACACAAA